UCCAUGCCGGCUCCCAUGUCUGCUCAAGUGAAGAGCUAAAAUAGCUGCGUACGGGCUGGUGAACGUGGUCCGAGUACAGGGGCCGCGAGCAAUGCAAUAUACUUCUGUAGAAUCGGGCAGGUGAAUUUGGCGUUCACGUGCUGUCUGCAUGUGCUCUUGACACGCGUGCUAAGGCAGGCAGGUGCUCCAGCUCCACUCCGCUUGCAUCUCUACGCACAUUUCGUCGUAAAACGACGGCGUCCAGUUCAGGAUCAAUCCUGCCACCUACACCUAUGGGUCGCCAGUCGUACAUCGUGACCGGUGUUGCUAACGGACAUGCCGCAGUACAGAAAUAUUCAACCGAUAGAUCAGCCAUUCGCGGGGCGGAAUCGCCGCCAGGUGAAGUGGUACUGGACUGCCGCCGUCUCCAGGAUCAGCUACGCGACAGCACUCCAGCGCUGCUCAAGGAAUUCGCCGACGACGGCUAUGCGCCACGGAACCGCAUGAUCGGCUGGUCGUGUGCCUUUCUCGUGGUCAGUGGAUUCCUGCUCAUAAGUGGAGGUGUUAUGCUGACACUCUCUCUCAUAGUUGAGUCGGAGUCCAACAGCUUGGCUGGUUACUACGAUGUGCCCACUACUCAGCUUGGCGCCGGACUUUUGGGUGUGGCUGCCGUGUUCUUCUUGCUGGCCAUCAUUAAGGUUUUCUGGCACCGCCACUUGUAAUCACCUCCUUUUCAAUGGACUCGAAGCUAGUAAAAUACGAAGUUCCACGCAACUCAUCAAGCUUUGCCUUUUUAGGUCUGUUUACACGCUGCUUGCACCAAGGUUGAUGUUUCUUAUAGCACGAGCAAAAAAAUAAUUGUCAAGCUUUCUGCGACUGACAAGAUGACGCCUGAACAACUUCGGAAAACAAAAAGUAACAUUAGUUGAAGGCUCAGCAACACAAAUCUCCCAAACCUGAAGAGUUAUAUCACCACUUUUCUCUAACACAAGCCUCGAAAACCACGAUACUCUACUCCACAGCAAAAUAAAAACCUCAGCCAACGAUCACAAGACCAGGCAACAAAACAAAUGGUGCAGCAAACCCAUCACAAAGACGCCCAAUGCACGAAUUAUGAUGAAGUGUGUGAGAACAAUAACAAUAAACUAUUGCUUAUGUGUA